AUGGAAGUAAAUUUCCUAAAGCAACAAGGAAAUGAUGAACUCCUGCCUGACAAUAAACAGUACAGGGAAGCAAUUGGAAAACUGCUGUACAUAAGUACCCUGACGCAUCCAGAUAUAGUAGCAGCAGUUGGUAUGUUGCGCAGGAAGAUUGAGUUACCAAGCAAAAGAGACUGGAAUGCAGUCAACAGACUGGCAAAAUACCUGAAUGGGACUAUGCAUCUGAAACUGAAGUUGCCAACAAGUGAUAAACUGAGAUUGGUGGGAUAUAUGGAUGCAGAUUGGGCAGGAGAUACCAAGAACAGAAAGUCUACCAGUGGACAUUUGUUCUUUUAUGACAAUGGAGCAGUGAGCUGGAGCAGCAGAAAACAAGAAACUCUGGCUCUGUCCUCAACUGAAGCUGAAUAUAUAUCAGCAGCAGAGGCAUGCAGACAACUGAAGUGA